AACAUAUUACUUCAAGGAGAUUAAAAACACAAACAUUGUUUAAUAUUUUUAUUUGGUGAUUUGUUCCCAUUACUGUGACCUAUGAGAUACAGUAGCUGUGUCUCUACGUUGAUUCAGUAUACAUGCAGGCGUCUACAGGAGUCUUGGUGCAUCGGGAUUUAGAGAUUCCCAGCAUUGAACUCCUGUUGGUUAUAACUAUACAUUUGCUACAAAUUCCUAUAAAACAUGGUGACAUUACCAUAUGUGCAUACCGAGUGAGAAGGUGCAGAGAGGACGGGGUAGGUACAUUGUUGGUGGCCUUAGGCUGGCUGAGGGUGACAUACCGAGUGAGAAGGUGCAGAGAGGACGGGGUAGGUACAUUGUUGGUGGCCUUAGGCUGGCUGAGGGUGACAUACCGAGUGAGAAGGUGCAGAGAGGACAGGGGUAGGUACAUUGUUGGUGGCCUUAGGCUGGCUGAGGGUGACAUACCGUGUGAGAAGGUGCAGAGAGGAGAGGGGUAGGUACAUUGUUGGUGGCCUUAGGCUGGCUGAGGGUGACAUACCGUGUGAGAAGGUGCUGCAGGACAGGGGUAGGUACAUUGUUGGUGGCCUUAGGCUGGCUGAGGGUGACAUACUGUGUGAGAAGGUGCUGCAGGACAGGGGUAGGUACAUUGUUGGUGACCUUGGGCUGGCUGAGGGUGAAUUUGCUAUAAUGCUGGGCAUUCUGAUUGUGAUUUAGCCAUUUGAGUUCCUGUUUGCUUUGUGGUUGUUUAUUCAUAAUACACAGCGGCCAUAUUUUCCACUUUGGACAGGGGGUCCUGGAAUUUGGGGAGGCCGUGCAGAAUCAUUAAAUACAAGUGAAAUUGUGGGCUGACAAUUGGCUUGCAAAUUUUACACCACUAUAUUGAACAUAAAAAGAGAAUCUCUAAGGCCUGUUUUGGCCUCAGUCAUCAAGUCACGGUUUGGUGGAUUAACCCGUAGAGUGGGAGCAGCUCCAUUAAGAUAAGCAUGUGUUUCUUUAGUGUUCUGUUUGUAUAAAAAGAUAAGCGACGGAUGGCGUUACAAGUCAUAGACAAGCGAUUCCUUCUUAUAAAUCUCCACAAUGGCCGCCCCUGGAAAGAAAAGAGAGAAUAAAUGUUUGGAUAGUCAAUUCAUGAGC